AUGAAACAAAGGGAGUAUUAUAUAAUUUUAUCUGGUGAGAUCAAGAGAAAUGUAGAUCCAAAUAAUUGAAGCUAGAGUCCAGAAUUUUUUUCCAAAAGAAGAUUGACUUAAUGAGGUUUAAUAAUCAUUUUUCUUUUAUAACAAGAGAUAUCCCAAUUCGCAAGAGCCUCAAAUGUAGCUAGAAGAGCAAAGGGGGUUCAUUGCCAGAAAAUCUAUAUAUGUAGCCUGUAGGGUGUCUCUAACUGAAGGCUUAUUUUUGGUCAUGUGAAUGUCGCAAGGGGUCUUAUGUCACUACUCACUAGUAAAAAAUUCAAUGAUCAUCUUUCUUCUUGACCCAGAAACUGAAGACUAUCCAACCAUCCUUGCCACACUGAAAUUAAGUAAACCAGGUUAAAGAAAUAGUCAAACAACUUCAUUCAAUGCAGUUUGCAUCACUACUACAUCCAAAUCAGUGAAAGAACCAUGUAGGAAUUUGACUUCCAAAAGUCAACAAAUUGUUUUCUGUCUUUUGCUUCUCAUUCAUCUCCUCAACACCUCUAUCUAAUUGCAUUAAUAACAAUUUGCAUCACAAACAAAAUACCAACUAGUACUAAUAGAGAAGAGAGGAGAAGAGGAGAGUACAACAGAGGAAGGUUGAUGGGGAGGUUCAAGUUGAAUGGUGAUCCAACUCCAAGACUCAAGCAUUUCAGUCAUCCACAUGAAUUAGAGCUAUGCAUCCAACUCCAGAAUAAUCCCACACCUUGUUCAGGAUGCAAACUCCCAUCAUCACCCCAAAUGUACACAUGCAAGCCUUGCAAUUUUACCCUCCAUUUGAGCUGUACUCAGUUCCCAAAGCUGAUAAAUCACCCUGCUCAUCCAGACCACACUCUGGCUCUCCUUCCGAGGUCUAAAUACCCCCAUGGCCUUUUCAAUUGUGAUGCUUGCAACCACCGCGGUGAUGGAUUCAGCUACCACUGCAGAGACUGCGAAUAUGAUCUCCAUGUGAUCUGUGCAUCAAAACCCCUCAAAAUCACACAUCAAUUGCAUCAAUGCCAGCUGGAACUCACCUUCAAGAAUCCUUAUGCUGAUGCCAAAGGUUUCUCUUGUGAUGUAUGCCAGAAGAUUGGAGUUAAGCAGUGGCUUUAUAGAUGUGGCACUUGCGAUUUUGAUGUUCAUUUGGAUUGUUCAAAUCCUAACCCAAAUUCAGCAGUUCAAGGGUCAACUAUCCUCCAGCACCACCAUUCAUUCCCUGGGGCAACAAGUUCACAUAACCAGUUCCAGCAGCCUCCUAUGGUUGAAAAAAAGAGGCCUAACCAGUUGGUGCAAAGUGCAAAUUCAGGUGCAAUGGGAAUCCAGCUCCCACAGGCUCCCAUGUUAUCAGGACAAGCAAUGCCAAAUCAGUACACGCAGACCAGUCAGGGUGCAGCCCAAGCAAGGCCAAACCCAUUACUCUAUAGUACAAGUACAGGUUCAAUCCCCCAGCACCAGUCCCUGCAACCACCUCUAAUUCAAGGACUGGUGAGGCCUGAUCAAUACUUACAGUCUCCUGGGACAAACAAUGAUAUGAUGAAUGCUGCAUUUCAAGGACUUGUGGAAGUUGCAGCUCAGCAGGUUGGUCAAACUAUCAUGCAGGGAUUCGUAGGUGGUGGUAACAACAGUGAUGGAAAUGAAGGCUCUUCAAUUCUGAGAAGCAUUUUUGGUGACUCGUCGCAGAACUAAAACAUUUCAUACCUUUUCCAUUUCAAUCUUAUUAUCAGUUAAUGUAAAAUAGGCACAACUUAAGGUUAAAAUAGUAUCUUGUUAAGCUACCACCCUAAUUUUCUUUUAGAUGCUUAGAAAUGCCAUUAUUAUGCUAUAUCCUGUGUCAUAAUCAUGAGCCAUGAACUCACAAUGCUAUACUAUCAAAAAAAAAUUACAUCUUGAUAAAUGCUUAUGAUUUAAUACUUGAUUAUCGAGGUUUCUUGUUCAAUAUUGACAAUCCAGUUGUGAUUUUCAAAAACUUGGGCAAAUCCAACAGAUCCACUGCCUUCUCUUGGUGAGAUGACCAAACCUACCAUCUCCCAACGCCCAACUAAGGCGUUAGGAGUUACAGUGGUUGAAAAUUUGAAUUUAUUAAGAACAAACAUCAUUAGAUUCAUGCAUCUUCAUGAAGCAGUUGUCAGUAAGCCAACAAACAUCACAGCGUUCUGUAGUAUAUUAAAUGGUUUCACACUAUUCGGCGAUUAGCAUAUGGAUAUCGGCAUUAAAGAGAUGCAUUGACACGGUAUUAAAUUCAGCCAAUUCGUUUGCUAAAUACUGGAGAACCAAAUGAAGAGGAGAGGGAGCAAAGGAUGUUCAUUAGUAACUAAUAUGUUUGCAUCCCACCUGGAGUGUCGUUCCAGGAAGUAGCUAUACUACUAAAAUGAUAUGGAGACUAUCAUUAAAACCCAUAAGCAUCUUAUUCAACAAUCCAAAAAUAAUGAAAAACAUUAUCUGCAUACUAACCGACAACAGACAACAAUGAAACUUACACCCGAAGUCCAGAACUACAAAUCAAAAUCAAUAUCUGGGAGCAAUAGCGCUUGGGAAACAGGGUAUAUCCCCGUAUUACAACAACAACAAUGUACCAAGUGUAAUCCCACAAGUGGGGCCUUGGGAGAGUAAUGUGUACGCAGACCUUACCGUACCUUGGGAGGUAGAGAGGCUAUUUCUGAUAAUUGAAAGAAGCAUUUCCAUCACCAUCAAAACUAACCUCAAGCAUGGCUCUAUUUUGAUACGCAUUUAAAUUAUACAGCAGCCUAGUUUUAGAUAUAGGACUCAGUCUUUCAGAAAAAAUUGACAUUCCAAUACCCUCUUUGGAAUAUACUGGAUGGCUGUAUCCUCAAUUCUUAAAGAAAGCAACCUCUAUCACUUAAAAUAUUAGUCUAUUUCACCAACAAUAACAACAGUUCUCUUUGAUUCAGCCUUGUGGUUUGACUAUAUUGCUAAUCUAUUGAGAGGUAAAAGAAAUUCACUCAAUUGAGGGUUGACUACACUGUUCGUCUAAAAUUCGACUAUAUUGUCAGGUAGCAUGUAACUGAAAAUUCAGGAAAAGAAUCACGACAUUAGCUACUCUAUCAAAUUCACACAAUUUUAACUGGAAAGGAAAUGGCACCAUAUAGAGGAUUAAAAUUACAUGCCAAGAAUAAUCAUCUUCAAAACAAACAGCCAUCCACCAAAAAUAAAAAAAGAA